UAACAAAGCAACAGGGUUGGUUCAGGUUGAUACGUUUGCAUCCAAACGUGUCGCUGUCUUUCAACCCCCACGCGUCGCCACUUCUCUGCUGCCCCACGAUUCUUCACUUCUUUCUUCCUUCUCUCUUUUUCUGUAUCUAUAUUACAAGCUUGCUAAAACAUUACAAACCACGAACUCCAAUCGCCACUUCCUUCGGUAAUUCACAAGUAUCUCCUGCAGAGAUGGUUUUCUAUAAGUAAUGAUAAUGAAAGUUGUGGAAAUUGCAUAGUUGUGGCUAUCAUGGCUCUGUUGUUCGAAUUGGUUACUUCAGCAGUCAGGUUGGUGUUGAAGCCUCUCUUGCUAGCUAAGCUAUCUUGUCAAAUUGGUCUCCGUAGCGUUUCUAUUAUCGUUGAGAGCUGGGUAGAGCUGCUGAGACUUGCUCUGUGCCUGCAUUUAGUUAUACUCUGGCGGGUCGUGAUGUUGGCUAUUGCAAUAUUAUUUCUACCUGUACGAGCGCUUGCUGCAUUGUAUAGAGAAAGGCUGCUGGAGAUUCAACUGCAUAGAUUGAGAUAUGCACUGGAAAAUGAUCUCUGGGACCGAAAAGAACAAGAAGUGCAACUCUAUGUGGCCGUCAAAGAACGUGGAAUGAUGGAGACAAUGCUAAUGGAACUUGAAGAAGAGCAUGAUGAGGCCAUCUCAAGAAUCAAACUGCUAGACAGCGAGGUUCAGGAUUUAAAAGAUGAAAUACAACAGUUGAAGGAGGUUCAUAGCAGAACACUUUGGAGCUACGAGGGUCGAGGUGAUGAUGUAUGCAAUGACUUUAACAUUAGAAGCACCGACAAUGUCGGUACAAUAUCCUGGAAACCUGAUUGCAAUGAAAACAUACUUUGCAACGAUGAAAUGCAGGAUGUCUUAAAAGCUGGAUCAAAAGUUUACAGGCUCUCCCAGCCGUUUGUUCGUUACACGAUCUCAAACGAGAGUGAAACUCUGACACAACAGAGGGUGGUUGCUAUAUCUCGAAGCCUAUUCAGCGGGGCAUUAUCACUUGUGGUUGGGAUCGUCGUGUGGGAAGCACAAGAUCCCUGCACGCCUCUGGUAGUAGCUCUUUUUGGUGUAGUUACCAUAUCGUUGAUGAGCGUUGUCCCAUUAUUGAACCCUGUUGAGAAACCUACGUCCGAGGCUGUUGUGCUACUGAGCUUCAACUGGUUUCUACUUGGGACAUUAGCAUGUCCGAUGCUACCAAGAAUAGGCCGUGUCUUAGCUCGCUUGGGUUGGAGUUUUCUGGGACAAACACUUGAGUGGUUUGGACUAUGUUCCAGGGUUUACCACUUGGCCUAGAACAUUUGUAAUAUAGAAAGAUGGCGGUGGACGUUUCCUCUAACAGACAAUUUCGAUUUGUCACAGUUCAACAGCAGUUAACUGGUUUUUUUGUGGGAGUAGAUGAUCUGUAAAUUUUCAUAAUGUAAUAACUCUUUUGUUUGGCCCUCCCUUCAGUGGUUUUAAUGUAUCAGACAUUCGAACAUCAGUUGAAAUGA